UCAUUUCUUUUUUCUCAGAGAAACACGAAAAAAACUACCGAGAUACAGAGAAGAAAAGAAAACACGCACGGAGCUGAGAACCAAAUGAAAUGAUUGAGAAGAGACCGAAGAAAAAGAAACAAACUCCAUCUUCGAAACGCUGCGUUUUGUUUUCCUCGUUUUGCAUCGGAACCACCCCUUCUUUGACGCUCUUACGGUUGCCGUCGGCGACUCUCCGGUCGGAUUAACCCGAACCGAUUGGUUUCACCGAUUCGGUGUUUUCUUGCUCGAUUACCGAUCUGUUAGAAACAACAUCUCGGAGCCGUUUAUUGGAUCUGAGAAUUUCGAGCCAAAACGAUGCCGUCUAACGCGGAUCUGGACCGGCAGAUCGAGCAUCUGAUGGAGUGCAAGCCUCUGCCGGAGGCGGAGGUAAAGGCGCUGUGCGAUCAGGCGAGGACGAUUCUGGUGGAGGAGUGGAACGUUCAGCCGGUGAAGUGCCCCGUGACGGUGUGUGGUGACAUUCACGGUCAGUUCUACGAUCUCAUCGAGCUGUUUCGGAUAGGAGGAAAUGCGCCUGAUACUAAUUACCUCUUUAUGGGCGAUUAUGUAGAUCGUGGGUAUUAUUCAGUGGAGACCGUUACCCUUUUGGUUGCCUUAAAAGUCCGAUAUAGAGAUAGAAUUACAAUUCUCAGGGGAAAUCAUGAGAGCCGUCAAAUUACUCAAGUGUAUGGCUUCUAUGAUGAAUGCUUGAGAAAAUAUGGAAAUGCAAAUGUCUGGAAAUUCUUUACUGACUUGUUUGAUUACUUACCUCUGACUGCCCUCAUUGAGAGUCAGAUUUUCUGUUUGCAUGGAGGUCUGUCACCGUCUUUGGAUACACUGGAUAAUAUUCGGGCCUUGGAUCGCAUACAGGAGGUUCCGCACGAAGGACCAAUGUGUGAUCUGUUGUGGUCUGAUCCAGAUGAUCGCUGUGGUUGGGGGAUAUCUCCACGUGGUGCUGGAUAUACAUUUGGACAGGAUAUAGCUGCUCAGUUUAAUCAUACCAAUGGUCUCUCCCUGAUAUCUAGAGCUCACCAGCUUGUUAUGGAAGGUUACAAUUGGUGCCAGGUAGACAAGAAUGUGGUCACUGUUUUUAGUGCUCCAAAUUACUGCUAUCGAUGUGGGAAUAUGGCUGCUAUACUAGAAAUUGGAGAGAAUAUGGAUCAAAAUUUUCUGCAGUUUGAUCCAGCCCCCAGGCAAAUCGAACCUGACACCACACGAAAGACUCCAGAUUAUUUUUUGUAACUUCAUAUAUCUCUGUUUGUAGUUACUGCUUUCUGCCGUUAUUGUAGAUGUGUCUUUUAAGGAAACAGGAGUUUCACUGUUUUAAGUGGAGGAUUAUCAUCAACAUAAUUCUUUCUUUUGGAGUUUGUCUGCUGCUGCCGCCGCCUUAUUUGGACAAGAAACCGAUAGAAUUGACUCAAGCCACCCAUUGGUGUUGUAUAUUUUUGCUAGAAGGAAGCGGCAAUAACAUGGUAUAUCUUAUUCUGUAAUUUAUUUUAAAUCAAAUCUCAAGUUAGAGAGAGCAGAUUUUUGAGUUACCAUCAUGUUCAUUUGGGACUGGUGAUGGUGACAAAUGCUUGUGUUCAUUGUUUGCAUAUUUGAAUGAUGUCAUGGGUGGAGGAUUGAGUAGGGACGGUUGCAUGGAGACUCGAGAAAUAGAAAGCGUAAGAGUUUUUUUUUUUUUUGGUUA